ACACAUGCUAACUGUUUUUAUUUAAGGUUGAAACCGCAGGCGCCAGUUUCUAAUAGCUGUCAGUUGCUUUUGAAAUAUCAUUCAUUAUGUAGAAAACCACUGCUUACUGUUUUUAGUAUUUUAUCUACAUUUCAUCUUCUCAUUUUGACGCCUUUUCGUAGCGGGGUUUGGACCUGACUGACCGCAGCAAACGAGCGAGCAGCUGUUGGAGAGCAGCUCGGUUCACAGGAGGCGCGGAUUCGCUGCAUCAGCUCAUACUCCACAUAUUCAGAUCCUAAACCGGUUUUUAAAAGAAUUCGUUUAUAAUUCCGGCAGUUUCUGAAUCUGAAAAGAUGGCAUCUAUAACAGCCGCCGACCCCGGCUUGAAUCCUGGGCCGAUGUCCUCCGCUGAGUCUUUGGUUCCUGCGAGUAUGUUCGCUCCUCCAAGCCGAGGUUGUGGGGAGGACGGCGGGCCUGAGUGCUUCGAGGACGGGGAGGCUCUCAACGGCGAGGCCGGGGAUCACGGAGUGGACUUCUCUAGCAAGUUGGCUCUUGUCAGUCCUAAUGGAGAACAGUACGACUCAUUACUGCGGCAGCUCCGGGAGAGGAUGGACGAGGGCUGUGGGGAGACCAUUUACGUGGUGGGCGUAGGUUCUGAUGGAGGGGACUAUGGUCUUAAUGAGAGCGAUAUGGAAGCGUCUGUGGCCACGGUACAGUCUCUAUGUGAGCAGAUUGAGGCGGACCUCAUCCUGCUGAGAGAGCGUACCGAGUCAGGAGGCCAGGUUAGAGAUUACCUCAUUCGACGUCGGGUGGGAGAGGCUGACUUUUUGGAGGUCAGGGUGGCUGUGGUAGGGAAUGUGGAUGCGGGUAAAAGUACCCUCCUUGGCGUGUUGACACAUGGAGAGCUGGAUAACGGCCGUGGCUUCGCUCGGCAGAAGCUCUUCAGGCACAAGCACGAGAUGGAGAGCGGCCGGACCAGCAGCGUGGGAAACGACAUCCUGGGCUUCGAUCAGGAGGGGCAGGUGGUCAACAAGCCCGACAGCCAUGGAGGCAGCCUGGACUGGACCAAGAUCUGCGAGAAGUCUUCUAAAGUCAUCACCUUUAUCGACCUUGCCGGCCAUGAGAAAUAUCUGAAGACCACCGUGUUUGGCAUGACUGGCCACCUACCAGACUUCUGCAUGCUGAUGGUGGGCAGCAAUGCAGGGAUUGUUGGCAUGACCAAAGAGCAUCUGGGUUUAGCGCUGGCUCUCAAUGUGCCUGUGUUUGUGGUGGUCACCAAGAUAGACAUGUGUCCAGCUAACAUUCUCCAAGAAACCCUGAAGCUGCUGCAGAGAUUACUGAAGUCUCCAGGCUGCAGAAAGAUCCCGGUCCUGGUCCAGAACAAAGAUGAUGUCAUAGUCACAGCAUCCAACUUUAGCUCUGAAAGAAUGUGUCCCAUUUUCCAGAUUUCUAAUGUCACAGGGGAGAACAUGGACCUCCUAAAGAUGUUCUUGAACCUGCUGUCCUCCAGAACGUCAUUUAAAGACGAUGAGCCUGCUGAGUUCCAGAUAGAUGACACCUAUUCAGUACCAGGUGUCGGCACUGUAGUAUCGGGAACUACUCUACGUGGAUUGAUUCGACUAAAUGACACCAUGCUGCUGGGGCCAGAUCCUCUGGGUGCCUUCAUCUCUAUAGCUGUCAAAUCCAUCCACCGCAAGAGGAUGCCUGUAAAAGAAGUCCGUGGCGGACAGACUGCCUCCUUUGCUCUGAAAAAGAUAAAGCGCUCUUCAAUAAGAAAAGGGAUGGUGAUGGUGUCUCCCCGACUAAACCCACAGGCAUCAUGGGAGUUUGAGGCAGAGAUACUAGUGCUUCACCACCCAACGACAAUCUCGCCAAGAUACCAGGCCAUGGUGCAUUGCGGCAGCAUUAGACAAACGGCAACUAUCCUGACCAUGAACCGAGACUGCCUACGAACAGGGGACAAAGCCACAGUCCACUUCCGCUUCAUCAAAACCCCCGAGUAUCUACACACAGACCAGAGACUGGUCUUCAGGGAGGGAAGGACCAAAGCUGUUGGCACCAUCACUAAGCUUCUACAAUCAACAAAUAACCAGCCUUCAAACUCAAAACCCCCACAGAUCAAAAUGCAGUCAACAAAAAAAAUCCUACCCAAGAAGGAGGACGGCACGGCGCCAACCAAUGAGGAGGCAGUUAGUACCAGCACAGUAGCUAGUACAGUAACAACAGCGGCGGCAACAGAGGGGGAGGAAGACCCUCAGACUAAGGAGGGCAACAAAGAGAACAAGCCAAAGUCCGGAGGCAGGCGACGAGGAGGCCAGAGGCAUAAAAGCAAAUCUCAAGCUAACUCCACAGCCCCCCCUGCUGGUGCAGUAGGGAGCUGCUAACUUUCUUUCACUUGCUCCUCCUCCUCCACCUCCUCCUCCUCCUCCACUCCCAUCAAGUGUCUUUGUAUCUUACAGAGCAUUGAAGAUGUUCAUGCAAAACGAUGUUUUACAGUCAGCUACACCCACCGACCCCACCUGUUCAUUUUGUUUAAUGCUUGGUCAGCAUGGACGACGCACCACUGCUUCUUAAAAACCAAGAGGAGUCCACAAGGAACCAACAUGCAGUGUCUAGAGAAUUUAACUUAUUAUGGAAACGUGUGUUCUUAGAGGUUUACGGUGUAGUUAUUGUAGUAAUUAAGAACAAAAGAAACCGAGAUACUGCAUGAUGGUUCUUUUUUUUUUAUUAUUAUAAUUUUAUUCAAUUUUUUUUUUUGCCUCCUUUACAAAGAAGGAUAUUUGUUAAAUCUGUGGUCAAGCUGAGGAAAACGUGAGACCUUUAUCUUUUCUUCUCCUUUUAUCAAACCAACGCAUUGGCAUUGUGCACUGACUAGGUAACUCGUUCUGAUAGCGUUUUAGCAUUUUCAUUCUGUUUUAAAAGUUCUCAAAGUUAUGCAUUUUUUUAAAAGACAUUGGAAAUUUUAGUCCGUUAUUCUACAGUUCUGUGGAAAAUACAACAAAAUAUAUGGACUAGAGAGCAUACAUUGACUCACAUUUGACAUUUUAGUCAUUAAACCUUUACAGAAAAAUGCAAAUAAAAAAACAUGUAUCUCCAAAAUAGCAACUUUACAGGAGGGAGAGAAAACCUUAUUAACUUUUCAUGGAGGUCAAUGUAAAAAGAGUUUAUUUCAGGGUAAUUUGGAAUUAGGGAAUUUCUAUUGGUCUAUUCAUUAAGGAAUCUCAAAACAGUUUAAGGGACAGUUUGUUCAAGUUAUGUAGCAAACUAAAAAUGGACAAAAAUGGAGAUACUUGUUUUACAUUGGACAGCGACAAAAUGUACCGAUCAGAGCAUUAAAAUGUUUACCAGCGAUUAGAGAGCAUUACUAGAACCACUGGACCAAAUGUGUCCAUUAUUAGAUUUCCUUUUAUUUUCGUGCAGAAUUUUAUUGAUUUUUAAGGGGCCAUUUUCUGUUUUUAUGCAAUGAUUACAGUGUAUUAACAAACACCAAACUGCACAACCCCCCAAAAAAUCCUACAUGUAAGUGGCAAUAUUAAAAAUCUUAAAAAGUUCUUGUUUUAGCAAUUGUUCAGACUACAGUCACUUUACUGUAGUUUAUGUUUAAAAUGCUCAAAGAAUGAAGAAGGAAUGUCACGGUUUCACAGAUUGAAGUCCUGAGGGUUGUUACUUAAGACCAAAGGUGUGAGGUGAGGGCUGUGUAUUAAUAGAAACGUCCUCCAGCUCGUUCAAAAUUUAAGGCUGGGCUUGUAUUAAGGUGAGCAGUUUUAGCCUAAAAUGCUUCCAGCGUUCUGAUCUGUGUUCACUAAAAUAAACCUAAAUUCAGGCUUUAUUUUAUUGUUGGUAGUAGAAUUUCUGAUUUUAAGUAUCAACUGUGAUUUAUUAUUAAUUAAUUAUUUUAACAGGUUUUAACAAAUAAUAUCUUUAGAGCUCUAAUGCCACAGAGAGUCUCUGUCUAGAAUUACUUUUACCAGUAAAAACUCCAAAUAGAUAUUUGCAAUUGUUUUUUUAGCUGGUAGAAAUUAAUAAUUCCGAUAUCUGACUAGUUAAAUUUUGAAUUACAUAAUUUAGUUGUUUAUUGUUAAAACUCAAUUGUAGUCAUCCAGAAUGCAGCUACUAGUCAACAUCAAAUCAGUUAUCUUGAAUUAAAAUCUGGACUGGAAAUAAUAUACUAGUCUAAAUUGCAAUUUCUACUAGGAAAAUAAAUAUUGUAUAUCUUUUUGGAUCGGUUUUAUAGAUGUUUACAUGAUUGAUUAUUAUUCAUAAUUUUUUUUAUGAGUUAAUAUCUAAAAUUAGUAUAAUGCAUCAGGGAAAACUACACAACAGAUCUUCUGGCUGGUGGCAUUUCAGGUUAAAAGUCCUCAAGUUAUUUCUCCCAGACCUUUUGGACUUUAUGGAUUUAAAACCCAAUGCACAUCUUUUACAACCCUCAGUCAUUUAGGUGAUGAAUGAAUGUCAUCCAUGUGAAAGCUGUAUUCCAAACCCAGUAACAGAUUAAUAAACAUUUUACAGCAAACCGCAUUUCUAUUGGCUUAACAUCUGGCUGAGUUUAAACGUCACAGACCUUUACUGAUUGGUUCACAGAAAAAAAAAAACAGCAAAUGUACCACAGCCUCGAAGUAAUCAACCAAGACCUGUUCAUUUACUCCCAGCUGCUUCUGUAGUUUAGCGCUGGAGCUAAAAGGCUAGUGAAGCUAAAUAAUGUAUGACAUUAAAUUAGCCUGAGAGCUCUAGUAGAAACUACAGAAUCAAUCCUAUAGAAGUUCAGGUAGUGAACAUGUCUGAUUAAGCUAUCUGAUUGCUUUUGUGGCUGAAGAAGAUUUUGUAUGUUUUGAUUUUUCUGUGAUUCAGUCCAUUAAGGAAUAGUACUGGGACCAUCACUCAUUAGUUGUGAAACUGCACACCAUUUUCAGUGAUGUUACAAUAUAAUAAACUGGUGGUAAACAUG